UUCUACCCCAUGUGACUUCGCGCGAGUCUCGCCAGACUGUGCCGCAUGAGUCACGUACUGUAGUAGCACUGCAAACGCGGAGUCAAACUUUCUUUUAUCUCUGAGCGAUAACGGGGGGGAAUUUGUUCGACUGUGUUAGUAAUACUCCGUGUGUUUCUUCUUUAUAAGUGUUGUUUGAAUCAAGUUGAAUCCUUCAAGCCUCAUUCUUUUGUUGAAGUUGGCAUCCAAUUGGCGAUUACUGAACCCCGCCUCCACACGGCGCAGUAUCGAAACCUCCACCUCGGGUUUCGUGUGUUGCGAAACGGCGUUUUGAACUGAGAAUCGAAACUCUGCUUACGAAUCUCGUCACCAUUGAAACUCUUAGCCACGCCGUCCAAUUGAAUCGUUCUUUCAUUCGCAAUCAUGGAGGCCAGGUGUCAAUGUGGUUCAGUGACCUUCAAGACUCCCCUCCCUCAGCCUCUGGCGCUCUACAUCUGCCACUGCGAUGCUUGUAGACGACAAACAGGUUCAGCGUUUGGCACUUCUGCCAUCUUUCCUCGAUUUGAGUUGCCUGACACGGAUCUACUGAGCGUUUACAGUCGACCUACAGCCUCAGGACAUCAACUUUACUGCUACUUCUGUCGCAAAUGCGGAACUCGUCUCAUUCACUCAACGCCUUCAAAAAACGUCAUCUCCGUGAAAGGAGGAUGUCUUGAUGGCCUGGACUGGAAGCGAGCGAUUCAUAUCUGGACCAAGACGGCCAUGGUUCCUAUUCCCGAAGGUUCUGAAACGCACUCUGAAGAGUCCGGCUAUACGGACUAUGGAUCAACUCAGGAGGAGCUGGAUCAGCCUGGUGAUCUUGUUGGAAGCUCGGGUUGUAACAUGCCUGUUAGUCAACGGGCCUCGAGCUCUGCUGGGGUGAAUGGUGAUGAUAACAUGAGUGGAUGAGUAUGAUGGGAUGAAUUAUGGCGUUGGUGAGUCUUGAUGAGGCAGAUUGUGGGUUUUGGAGUUGAAACAUGUCACCUGGUGAGAGCGUUAGGAUGUGAUAUCAUGGGAAUAGGCGCAAUAAACGAAUAGCAUAUUCAUAGUAUGAAAUGAUGAGUUGUGUUUUGAGGAGUUUUCUUAGCCAUGAUAGCUAUUCUAGGGAAGGCAAGAAAACUAAGAAUCUCCAUCACAAAUUUAAAAAAACCUUGGUAAGUUUGGGAUAGACUUUGGCA